GGGGCUUGGGACUCCCCGUCGCGGGGCAGGGGCGCCGUCGGAUGACGCCGCCUGGGUCGGGCUACCGUAUAUGCGGAUGUAGGGGCGCCGCCCGGAGGCGGCUGGACCGUAUUUGCGGCCGUGGCCAGAGAAGCCUCCGCCGGCGAAAUCUCCAUGAAAAUCAGUUGGCUAAGCAAUAAUAGCGGGGGACGCAGCAGCACGUCUCCAGGGAGGGCAUUACGCCAGCGGGGAGCCACCACCGAAAAGGCUUCGCUAUGGGUUGGCCAAUGUUGGGGUCUGAGGGGGUUGAGGCAGAAGUCUGCCUGGAGUGAGGGAUGCCGGUGACCAGAGCAGAUCUUUGUGGUCUUUCCACCCGCAGGGGCAGCCGUUGAGCCAAGAUGGCGGAAGAGAAGAAGAUGAAGUUGAGCAACAUGCAGCUGCCCACCGAGUCCAUGAAGGUCAUGGCCGAGUCGAUGGGCAUCGGGCAGGUCCCUGAGGAGACCUGCCAGAUGCUGGCGGACGAAGUCAGCUACCGCAUCAAGGAGAUCGCCCAGGACGCCUUGAAGUUCAUGCGCAUGGGCAAACGCCGGACCCUCACCACUGGAGACAUUGACUUGGCCCUCAAACUGAAGAAUGUGGAGCCGCUGUACGGCUUCCACGCCCAGGAGUUCAUCCCCUUCCGCUACGCCAGCGGCGGGGGGCGCGAGCUGCACUUCUACGAGGAGAAAGAGGUGGACCUGAGCGACAUCAUCAACACCCCCUUGCCCCGCGUGCCCCUCGACGUCUGCCUCAAAGCCCACUGGCUGAGCAUCGAGGGGGUCCAGCCCGCCAUCCCGGAAAACCCACCCCCAGCCCCAAAGGAGCAGCAGAAAACAGAGGCCACUGAGCCCCUCAAGGCAACCAAACCAGGGCAGGAGGAGGACGGUGCCCUCAGGGGCAAAGGGCAGACCACUGCGGCCCCCGAUGGCAAAGGCAAAGAGAAGAAGGGCCCUCUUUUGGAGGGCACCCCCCUGAAGCUGAAGCCUCGGAGCAUCCAUGAACUCUCCGUCGAGCAGCAGCUGUACUACAAGGAGAUCACGGAGGCCUGCGUGGGCUCCUGCGAGGCAAAGCGGGCGGAGGCUCUUCAGAGCAUCGCCACAGACCCCGGCCUCUACCAGAUGCUGCCUCGCUUCAGCACGUUCAUCUCCGAAGGGGUGCGGGUGAACGUGGUACAGAACAACCUGGCUCUGCUGAUCUACCUGAUGCGGAUGGUGAAGGCCUUGAUGGACAACCCCACCCUAUACCUGGAGAAAUACCUCCAUGAACUGAUCCCGGCCGUCAUGACCUGCAUUGUCAGCCGCCAGCUGUGCCUCCGUCCGGACGUGGACAACCACUGGGCGCUUCGGGACUUCGCCGCCCGGCUCAUCGCCCAGAUCUGCAAGAACUUCAGCACCACCACAAACAACAUUCAGUCGCGCAUCACCAAGACCUUCACCAAGAGCUGGGUGGACGAGAAGACCCCCUGGACCACGCGCUACGGCUCCAUCGCAGGGCUGGCUGAGCUGGGGCACGACGUGAUCAAGACCCUCAUCCUCCCACGGCUGCAGGUGGAGGGGGAGAGGGUCCGCUCCGUCCUUGAGGGCCCAGUGGUGAGCAACAUUGACAAGAUCGGGGCCGACCACGUCCAGAGCCUCCUCUUGAAACACUGUGCUCCCGUCCUGGCGAAGCUGCGCCCCCAGCCCGACAACCAGGAGGCCUACCGGGCGGAGUACGGGGCGCUGGGCACCCUCCUGUGCACCCACGUGGUCAAGGCUCGCGCCCAGGCAGCCAUGCAGGCGCAGCAGGUGAACCGGACCACCCUCACCAUCACCCAGCCUCGCCCCACGCUGACCCUGUCCCAGGCCCCCCAGGGGGGCUCCGGCAGCGCCUCGCGGGCCCCCAGCAUCAUCAAGAUGCCCGGCUCGCUGGCCCUCCCCAUGCAGACGCUGGUCUCUGCCCGGCCGGCUACCCCCACCCAGCCCUCCCCGCCGCCCACCAAGUUCAUCGUCAUGUCCUCUUCGGCCUCUGGGACGCCCACCUCGCAGCAGGUGAUCACGCUCAGCGGGGGCCCCGCCUGCACCUCCACCUCCCCCGUCACCACCACUGUGCCCAGCACCCAGCCCCUGGUCAAGCUGGUCUCCGGCGGGCAGGCCGCCCCCAGCCCCCCCGUCUCGGGCAGCGUCCAGAAGUACAUCGUGGUCUCGCUGCCCGCCGCUGCCGAGGGCAAAGGAGCGGGGGCCGCCCAGCUCUCGCCCUCCUCCUCGGGGGCCGGCAGCUUGGCCCUGGCGGGGGGCAUCAAGCAGGAGCACGGCGAGAGCCCCCCGCCCUCCGGGAGCAGCGCCAGCACCUCGGCCGCCACUGCCUUCCUGGCCAAGGCCAACGGGGCCCAGGGCCUGGUGCCGGAGUCCCCGCAGACGCCCUCCCUGUGAGGGAGGCCAGGCGUGUCCCUGGAUCGCAAGACGGCUGGGGGGGCCGCAACACGGCACAGCACCUCCCCUUGCCCACUGCGUGCCAAGGAAGGGGGGGCGACGGUGGCAUCUCAACAUCCUCUGCGUGACGUUAAGGGUGCUGUCUAUUCUCUCCCCACGUUUGGAGCGACUUGGGGGGCAGAGGAGAAGGAAUCGAGACUCUUGCGUGUUGUUUUUUCUGCCUGCGAGCAGCAGGGCCGAAUGGGGGGGGUGUUUGUGAACGUUGGGGGGGUCCCACGUUUGGUGUAGUAGGAAAGCCCCUCUGUCCAUUUGUCUGUGUCGCAGAACUGUAAAUAGAUCCUCUUUUAAGUUCCAAUAAACUCGACUCUUCUACCUGUC